AUGAACGAUUUUCUGUGGAGACUUGCCAUUAUUGCAACAGUGGUGGUUCUCCCAAUCUUCUAUUUUAUUGAUGAAAACCCCUUUGAUACUGCAAGUUUCCUAUCUUUGAAGGAAAAGAAGAUGGUAGCUUGGCAGAGAGCCCGGAUUCAGACCAGCACUCAUAGAACAAACCACCUGAAAGCCUUCAAAGAUAUGCAAAGAAAUUCAGAACCACUCAAAACUGUGAACUCCCGUAUCUUGAUUGGAGCCCUUCCUGUGGAAAGAAAACUGCUGACCAUAGGGAUUUCCUCAGUGAGGCGCCGCAAAGAGAGCUACCUUUUGGAUACCCUGCAAUCUCUCUUCUUUGCUUCUUCCCCAUCAGAGCAAAAGCACUUCACUGUUCUGGUGCACCUGGCAGAUCCUGACCCCAAGUGGUGUGGUCGAAUGACCUCUAACAUCGCAACUCUCUUUAAAUCAUAUGUCCAGGCCAGACAGCUAGUAGUGAUCAAUACUCCUCUUAAAAGCUACCUUCCCUUGAAAGGACUCAAGAAACACUUUAAAGACACCUCUGCCUAUGUCGUCUUUCGCUCCAAGCAGAACAUGGAUUAUGCCUUCCUCAUGAACUUUGCUACCAACCAAUCUGAUUAUUUCCUGAUGAUGGAAGAUGAUGUGAAAUGUACCCCAGGAUUCGUCACCCAGAUUGCUUCUAUAUUGUCUGCCUGGGAGUGGAGAUCUUGGGUGACUCUGGAGUUCUCUCAGCUGGGCUUCACUGGAAAACUCUUUCAUACUAGAGACCUCCCCUGCUUUGUUCAUUUCCUUCUCAUCUUCUACCAACAAAUGCCCUGCGACUAUCUUCUCUCCCAUUUCCGUGACCUUCUCAUGCAGAAAGAACCAAUCCAGUUCUUCCCCUCCCUCUUCCAGCACAUGGGCAAGUACUCUUCCUUUAAAGGCAAAUUCAAUAGCCUCAAAGAUAAGGGAUUUGUGGAAAACAACAUUGGCUUUCCCAGUAACCCUACUGCCACCAUUUACACUAACCUGAAUGUUACCAAUGGCUCUGUUCUCAUGAAUGCCUAUAACUCAGAUAAGAAUUUCUUUUAUAUCAAGGAGGCCAGGGUUGGAAGCCAUCUGACUGUGGUUUUAAACAUAUCUGCUGUAGUGUUUCGAGUUCAAGUGCUGACUGGCUCUGAACUAAAAAUGGAGAAUCAGUUGAAUGAGGGGCAAGUAGAACUGGGCUAUGACGCUACUAAUAGGAUCAAUGACUGUGAUGACUAUACUCUGGUGGGGUUCCUAGUGAAUGGCACCCUGGAUAAGCACAUAUUGUCUGAAAAGUCUGGGAAAAAGGUGAAGUGUGUGAGAUUGCUUGUAACAGCCACUCUACCCUCUGGAUUAAUAGUCAGGCACAUCAACCUCUGGAUUAAGUGA